AUGCCAAUAAUUCAGAUCAAUCGGGCCGAGCCAGCGCUACUGCAGGAGGUUGCCGAUACGAUUGGCAAGGCAAAGAAGGUUCUCGUCGUGACUGGCGCUGGAAUCAGUACAAACUCGGGUAUUCCUUCCACAACUUACUUGUUCUCCUCACAAGCAUCGAGGUCGGGCCUUCGCAAUAUGAAAGGUCGAGAUCUGUUUGACAGCAACAUUUGGUCGGAUCCCCUGAAGACCCAGGUUUUCUAUCGCUUCGCCACUACUCUGCGACAGAAAGUGAAAGAGGUGGAGCCUACAAAGACCCAUCAUUUCCUGGCUCGCCUGAAAGAUGUUGGAAAACUUGCACGCGUUUACACACAAAACAUUGAUGAGAUUGAGAAGAAAAUUGGCCUGUCAACCGAUCUCAAGAGCGGGGCGGGCGGCAAGAGACAUGGCGAACGAAGCAAGCCCAAGGUCACAUAUGUACACGAGAAAGGCGUCGAAUGCGUCUUUCUUCAUGGGUCACUGCGCGAUCUUCGAUGUUUCGUCUGUUCUGGAACCUGUGACUGGGACGAGGAUGGACGCGAGUCGCGAACAAUGUCAGGCGAGCAGCCCGAUUGUCCUCACUGCGCUGGGGCCACAGCAGCGCGCCAGGAAAAGGGCAAGAGAGCAUUGGGUGUCGGCAAGCUCCGGCCAGAUAUUGUGCUUUACGGCGAAGAGCACCCUCAGAACGACCUGAUAUCCCCGAUCGUCCAGCAUGACCUCGGAACUGGUCCAGAUCUGCUUCUCGUUCUCGGCACGAGUCUUAGGGUUCACGGACUGAAGGUCAUGGUGCGGGAGUUCGCCAGGGCCGUCCACUCCAAGGGCGGCAAAGUAGUCUUCAUCAACUUCACCAAACCGUCCGAGAGUACGUGGGGGGAUGUGAUCGACUACUGGGUUGAAUGGGAUUGUGACGCAUGGGUUGACGAUCUGAAGGAGCGGAAGCCGGUUCUU